CGUGACCCAUGCUGAGAGCUACUGGGUUUGCCUCCCAAUACCGGCUCAAACUACAUUACACCGACUUCUCUUUCAUUAACUAUUAACCACUAACUCGCUGGUCUAAAUAAAUAGUCCAUAUACCCAUAAUACCGGUGCCUAGGACAAUAUUAAAUAUUAGUACUGUGGUGCGCUUACAGGAAGGAGAAAUCACCUGAACAAAGAAGGAAUGGCCGCCGAAGAUGCGGAAAAUCGGGAUUUUGUCCACAAAUUGAGAAAAGCAAUAGGUCAUUGUGACGAGACAACCGUACAAAGACUGAUAAAAGGCGGUGUCAAUGUUAAUGGUCGAUAUUGGUAUGACAGUACUCUUCUACAUGAGGCAAUAACCGUGAACAGCCUGCCGAUAGUGUGUACGCUGAUAAAAGCGGGAGCAGACGUACGGGCUGUCAAUCAGGAUCAGCGGACCCCACUGCACAUGGCGUCACGAUCCGGAAGACUUGAUUUGGUUAAGGAACUGGUGAAGGCGGGUGCUAGAGUGAAUGGUCAGACACUGGACGGCAAGACGAGUCUCCAUGUAGCUGUGUGGCGGGGUCAUGUGCAGGUUGUGUUGUGUUUGGUCAAAGCUGGAGCCAAUGUUAACCUACAGGACAGCGACGGGUGGACACCGUUAUGCUGGGCUGCUCGUUUGAACUAUCUGAAGGUGGCUAAAAUACUGAUCGAUCAUGGAGCUUAUAUCAACUACAAGUCAAAGUGUGACCGCACACCGCUCCGAGAAGCCUUCCAGUACUCGCACCUUGCUAUGGCCAGGUUUCUCAUUCUUGAAGGAGCAGACGUCAACUUGAAACCAGACGAUUGCAGUUUUCCUAAACUUCUAGUCCAGAUCAACACACUGUCUCCACCUAUUAUAGAAGAACACCUAAACACACUGGUGUCUGCCGGCUACAAAUUCCACAAAGACCUCUGGGUCAAGACGUGUACAGCAACACCAGAUGAAAAACCAGCCAGGAAGCUGGUGUCAACACCCGAAACAAACAUCAAAGUCUUCAAAGAGUGGUACGAGAACCACCGUGACGUUUUUCCGAAACUGUCGUGUACGUGUCGCACUAGGAUAAGACGAAGACUUGGGUACUGUGUUCAGGGGAAGUCGAUCAGUGCUGCCGUUAAGAGGCUCGAGCUGCCCCAGAUUAUAACAGACUUCUUACUGUUUAAAGGAGAAAUCAGAGAGAUCGACAGUAGCUGAAACAAUAUAGUGCUAAAGCCUGCGGUGGUUGGAAACAAAAACAAAAACACUUUUGAAGAUGAGACAGUGCUUGAAGAUUGAUUGUUCCAGAAGCUGGUUGACAUUGUUUAGAAAUGUUCUGGGUUUUUUUAGUUAUGCUAUAUAUUUGAGACUAUGGUGGUUGAAAAUGCAGUCCUUGAAAUCCAGAACAUCUUGCAAUCAUAAGAACAGAAGAUGGGAGGGUCACUAGUGCCCCCCCCCCCCCCCCCCCCCACCCACCCACCCACCCUGGAAGAAAUGGUCUGUUUUUAUAGUUGUGCUAAAAGUGCAACAUUUUUUAGUCAACAGUAGUUAAAAAUGCAAUAACUGAACUUCAGAUCAUUUUGCCACCAUAAGCAUACGAGAAGGGGUGAUCAGGGGGUCAACUCUCCCCCCCCCACCCCACCCCACCAGUGUUGGAGCAAAUUUUCCCAAUUGGGAGACUUUUGGGCAAAAUGAACUGGCCUGAAAAAUUUAUUUGAUAUUACUGCAAAUACAAACAUUGCUUUAGCCAGUGUUAAUAAAAUUUGUAGAUUUAA